AUGGUAACCGCGGCAAUUAAGCGUAGUAUGCCUCCUCAUCAAACCAGACUCCACGCUCCCCUAUGCCCGACAAGGAGCCGCAGAGUGCUGCUUUGCGGUAGUGAUGCUUUUGUUAAUAUUGAACUCAAGAGGGCCACACUGCUGCUGGCCCUCCCGGGAACUCCCUACGCAGCCAUCCGCACCAUAGCGAGAGGCUCGCGCUUGUUAGGGGUGGAGUCCAAUCUCCUUAGGCUGCUGAGGUCUGCUGCUGCGUCCUCAACGACAACUUCCCCUCUUUUCAGGCAAGACCCUCACAAAGGCGACCCAGAUACUGGCACUCCCAGCAAGACGUCAAACAACGCGUCAAACAAAGAUACCGCCGGCCCGUCCGCCGAGGAUCUCACCCGCUUUAGGGCUAGAGCCUGGAAGGACCUGAGGAAUCUGCUACGCUUGAGCCACUUCUAUGCCUUUUCACCGGCCGAGUCAGAAGUAAAAGCACAGACUGAAACAGCAGCAGGAGAUGCGCCUCUGCUGCCUGAGGGAGUAGAAUUGGCGGUGACGAUGAUGCUAACCUCCCGCACGCUUCCAGAAAUACUGGCGGCUUUGGGUCUGCCACAGCGUUCGCCAGAGGCAUCUGAGGCCUCUUCAGCAGCAGAAGAAACGCCUUGCUACGAGCCUAGUUCUGCGACAGAAAAGAAUGGCAGCCUUUCCUCCCUCAACCUCUUGAUGCUCGCUGAGCCUCUUCUGCCUUCACCAGCCAUUUGCAGCAGCCCACCAGCGACACCACCGGCGCAGGAGGGAUCGCACGACCAGCAGCUGCAGCGGCAAGCACUUGACCAAAACUUAAGUGGCGUACCAGAGUCACAACUUCAAGGAUCCUCUAGCAACUGUGCUGGCAACGCCAGAGCCGCCACCACUUCCACUGCAAGUAUCCGGUGGUGCAACGUCUUGCUGCUCCCCCACCACGGCCGUGCCAAGCCCAGUGUGAAAUCGACGGACUGGGCGUUGGAACGGCAAAGCUUGUUGAGAGAGGCUCAGCUAGCGUCGGCAGAGAUUGGUAGGCCCAUUGAGGAGGUUAUCCUUGAGAACGAAGGGUCUCUCCUUGAAGGGUGUAGCAGUAAUCUUCUGGUGUACUCGACAGCUCGAGGCUGUGUGCUGACAGCUCCAGACUCUCUUUGCCUCCCAGGAUCUACAAGAGGCUUGGUUAUUAGGGCACUAGCAGCUGAAGGGAUAGACACCGUGUACGAGACACCCAAAUGGGAGCGAAGGGAAACAGAGCGCUGGGAGGCAGCCUGGAUUUCCUCCGCCAGCAGACUUUUGCUGCCUGUUCGGUCCAUGUUAAGGCCAUGGCAGCAGCAGCAGCACGGGAAACAGCAGCAGCACGAGCAACAGCAGCAGCACGAGCAACAGCAAAAGCACGAGCAACAGCAAAAGCAGCACGAACAGCAGCAGCACCGGCCGCAGGCCGCCUGGAUAGUCCAACGGUCUCCCUCGAGUAUGAACACCCGCGUAUUCUGGCUGCAAAUGCUCGACUCAACACCCCAGGAUGAUCCCAUAGGACACAAGCAAAAGCAGCAGCAGCUAGAGCAGCAACAGCUAGAGCAGCAGCCCCAGCAUAGCCUUCACGUGCCGUGUAGCGAGCAGCCGUUGGGAAGGGGCGCUGUUGCAGAGUUCGAAGAGACCCUUUUUGAUGUCGGUCCUCAGUCCCUUGCAGCUCGGGCCGCAGAGUGGACGAAGAAGCUAGCGGAAGCAGAGGCAGAACCUGUCUUCCCCUGA